UUCUUAGAAAACUCAGUGAGUCAAAUCACAAAUCGCUGAUCCACCGCCAUUCUCAACUUUUGGUAUUCUCCACCUCGAUCACAGCUAUAAAUUCCAAUCAAUUUCCCUGAUUAAAUCCCUAUUUCCCUCAAAAUAAUGAAGCUUCAAUUUUUUCUCCGAUCCCCAAGUCACCAAACCCUGACCGUAACCCUAGAAUCCACCCAAUCCCUAACCCUUCGCCAACUCAAAUCCUCUCUCCUUCCGAACCCACAAUCCUUGUCCUCCUUCUACUUCACCCUCAAUGGAAAACCCCUCUCUGAUUCCACCCUUCUCCCAAACCCCCAGAUUUCCCAUCUUUCAACCCUUUUUCUCCUCCCCCGCGUCUUCGGUGGCGGAGGCGAUGGCGGCGCCACUGGAGCCGAGUCCCGCGACUGUUAUCUCAAGAUGUACGCUGUCAAAAAGCCCGAUAAAGUCGACCCCAACGAGAGAAGGCUUGGUAAGUGGCUCAAUUGUGCCUUAUCUAAUGAACCUUUAAGAGAACCUUGCGUGAUUGAUAAAUUAGGGAAUAUUUUCAAUAAGGAAGCUCUUGUUGAAGCUUUGUUGGGUAAGAAAUUGCCCAAAGAGUUUAGACAUGUAAAGGGUUUGAAAGAUAUGAUUAAUGUUAAGUUGUCGAUGAUUCCCGGCAAGCAAUCUGAUGCUGCUGAUGGUGCUACGUUUCAGUGCCCCAUAACCGGGCUCGAAUUCAAUGGGAAGUAUAAGUUUUUUGCGUUGAGGAAUUGUGGGCAUGUUGUUAGUGCUAAGGCUUUGAAAGAGGUUAAGUCAUCUGCGUGUUUGGUUUGUCAUAAGGAGUUUGUGGAGUCUGAUAAGAUGGUGAUUAAUGGAAGUGAGGAGGAGAUGGCAGCCUUGAGGGAGAGGAUGGAGGAAGAGAAAUCGAAAAUAGUGAAGGAGAAGAAGAAGAGGGGAAUCGAUGUUGUGGAUGGGAAAAAAGAUUGUGGUAAGUUGGAAGGGAAUGAAAAGCUUGAGAAUGGGAAGAAAUUGAAUAAUGGUGGGGUGAAGAAGUUUCGAGCUACGGAUGUGGCACCAGCUAAUGCAACAAAAGAAGUUUAUGCUUCCCUAUUUACUUCUUCAAAGAAGUCGGAUUUUAAGGAAACUUUUACAUGUAGAUCACUCCCACUUGGUCGAAAUUGAUCGGAUUGAGUAAUACUGUGGUGAAGAAGUUUUUGCUGCAGAUCAUGUGACACCAGCCAAGGAUGCUAAGGAAGUUUCUGUUUCCAUAUUUACUUUGAAGAAGUCGGUAGAUCAAUUCCGGCUUGUUAAAUGUGAUCUGUUGGUAUUUUUCUUUGUUCAUGAAUGAAGAAUAGUGUGUUUCGAGGUUGUUAUUCCCUCAUAUAUAUUUCCUUUGUCAUUGAAACUGAAUUGUACUUGUUUAACCUAGAAAUCUAGUAAAUAUCUAAUUUAAAUAUUGAAUUGCUAUUAA